CUAUUCGAUUUGUUUCGUUUCAUAUAUCGCUUUACUUUUUACGUUCGUGGGGAGUAGGAUAUGUCGUUUGGUUCGAGAAAGUGAAACGUAUUUUGUUUAUUCAGUCCUGUGCAUAAAUAACUAUUAUGAGAGGAAAAUACAAUUUAAUACUGGCGAAUGACACGCUACUCUUACUAUUGCCCUAUAUAGCUGAUGGGUUAUAAAUCCUCUGGAUUUAUAUGUAUAUAAUUUGCAACAAGCCAGUUCUCGACUUGUAUUUGUUCUUUAAAGUAAAGUGGAUUUUUUAUAUACACUCUUAAGUAAUAAAAGUGCGAAAAAUAUACACGCAUUAGGAGUCUCAUCAUAACUGUGUUGUUAAAACUUACGCGUUGAAAAAAUUGAUUUUUUCAUAUCUAUCGUCAUCGAUUUUUAUUUAGUAUUUUCAAUGUUCAUUGAAAUUAUGAAUUUCUUUAUUCCAAGUAUAUUCUUUAAUUUCAUCGAUAGUACCUAGUGCCAAUAGUAAAAUUUUAUUUAUGCUGCCAAGAGAAUAAAUAUUAAAGAAACAAGAAAUUGAUGUAAAGAGAAAAAAACUGAAAGUAGAGUAAUAAUUAUUUCUACAUUUAGUGAGAAUGAAAUAAAAUCGGUGAAAUAAACAAUUCUUUGUAAAUAUAAAAAGUUUUCCAAUAAGCUAAAGACAAAUUUUAAUUCAUCUCCAUUCAAAUAAAAUAUAUGGAGAUGAGUUCGUCACCAACAGCGCCGUUGGAUACGGCAAUUAACAGACACGUCCCUUUUAAAAGUUAUAAUUAUCCGUUAGCCGACUCCAAAUUUUCCAAUACCACUGUUUCUAUCUGUGAUACUAUCAAACGUUAUAAUAGAUCACAGCUUUUUGAUCUUCGCAACGAUUCAUAUUCUCGUCGCCGACCUGAACCUAACCUACAAGCUGAUCUGCAGUCUCUUGGUAUAUGGAAAUUUAAUGCCAGUGGUAGCGUACAUCAAAAUGGGGUUAACGCAAGCAGUGAAGGAGCUUCGGUAUCUGCCAAUUUAUGUGGCGGUAGUCAUUCGGUACAAAUUUCAUCUACUUAUUUGAAUGUUCGUUCACAACGCUCCCCUUCAAGACGUGAAAUAAAUACGGCUGUAAACAUUACAAAUUCAUCAUACCAACAUAAUUUGUCUCAUCACAGCCUUCACAAGACUUACAUAGAUCAUCGUAGCAUUUCUUCGUCUCAUCUCAUGCCAGCGUUUGCGAAGAGGCGAAUAGCUGCUUCGUCCACAACCUCAAGUAAUGCAACAAAAAUGGUUCCCCAAAAUUUACCUGGAAGUGGAAAUUCUUCAUUUGGACCCAAUUCUCCUGUUGGUAUACGCUCGCAAACCCCAACAGAUGGAAAGGAUGGCAUAUUAUAUAGCAAUAUUUCUGGCGGAAGUAAUGGUAAUAUGAGGCAACGCACUAAAGAACAAUUAUAUAAUUACCGACAAGGUGGAAGUAAUACUGGCCAUAUUGUUGGAGAAGAUCACAACUUAUUCUUAUGUCCUCAACGAAAUGUAUUGGAUCAUGAUCGCGACCGAGAACAAGAGCUUCAACCAAACAAUGGCCGCUUAUCUUCACCUGUUACACAAGGUUCCUCCAGACACAGUCACAAUGGCGUUGGUAUUGCUCAUGAACGACGAAUCGGAAGUGGCCGCUUACUUCCACGCGACGUCAACUGGGACUACCGUACUGUUCAAGAUAGAGACAAAAUCCUAAAUGUGAACUCUGUUGCCAUAUCGGAGAAAGACGGAUUACCGUUAACCCAUUUAGGACAGGCGCGAAGUGGUGGUCGGUACUCUGAUCGAACUCAUGAUCGCACUGCUGGAGGUAAUGGAUAUACGGAACGACGACCAUUUGAUCGUCGUGGUGGAGGUUGUGACGAUAAUUCUCGUGAUAAAUAUGAGCAUGUUAAUAGCACACUAUCACCCAACGUCCAUAGUAGUAUAACAAGGAGAGAUAUGUACGGAUCAGAAAUAUCCGCAAAUCAGCAUACUGCAUCUCAUAACCGUAAUAGACGCAAUCACCAAUAUAACGAAAAAAAUGAAGAGCCAGAAUGGUUUAGUAGUGGACCAACAUCACAACAUGAUACGAUUGAAUUGCGAGGAUUUGAAGAAACUGACGAUCAUUACAAUGGCAACAUCAGUGGUAAUAACAAACGACCAACAUUAUCAGCAUCUUCACGAAAGAUAACUGAAAGUUCAUCAUCGCGAGCAAGUAGUACCUUGUCUAAUUCGAAAUCAAAAGAACAAUCACAUGAAUCGCUUGACCAGGAUAAAGCAGUAAAUCGCAGCUUAAAUAUAUCUCCAAAUUCAUUAAAACCCUCUAAUAAUUUCGAACAUGGGGAUUCGCUGAAUAAAGAAGAAGGAAACAAUUAUUUUAAGCGCAAUGGCGAUAGUAACAACAAUCAUAAUAAUUCAGAAAAAACUAUAAAAAAUAAAUUAACUAUUGAUGUAGUCAUACCUGAUUUCUUGGAAGAAAAAGACGCAGCAGCGCCAAAUAGUUCGAGUAACGUACGAGUUAAUACGAAAGAUUCGGAGUUUAAUUUUGACGCCUUCCUAAAUCCAAAUCUUGAUCCGCUUAAACAUUCGCUCAUGCGAGGAGAUAAUCCAAAUGGGGAUGAAAAUGAAGUAAUGGGUAGCUCACGAUUUAGUCGUUGGUUUGUAAAGAAAAAUGGAUCCAAUGGCACUCAAUCAUUGUCGGGCGUCAACAAUAGCAAUAACAUUACUUUGAAACUUGUUGAAGAUAAGAGUGAAGCUAAAAAUGAAACAAAUACUCUAAUGGAAUUUUUAAACAAACUGCCAACUUUGCCGGACCCCAGUUUACCACAGAAAGUACCCACCAUAACUAGUGUAGAGGAACUAGAAGCACGUAUGCGUAGUAUGAAUACUGGCACUGGAAUGUCGUCCAAUACUCCAACGACUGGGUCAGAAAUUCCAAAGAAAAAGGAUCAAGACCUAGCCCAAGAAAUAGGUCUUCCAAAUGCAUCCGAACAGUUCAAUUGUGGACAACCUCAAGCAGGAGAGAUAGAAGCGUUCAAGAAGUUAUUAGAACAAUUAGGAUCUGGAAGCAAACAGCAGCAUACACAUCCUCAACAUCAUUUACCACCUUCCAAUAUACAAAUGAAUGUGUUAAUAUCGCCGCAAAACCGCACUGUGCCGGUACCUCCGCUGAAUAUUAUACAGUUCGGAACUAUGAUGUCUGAUGCACAUUUGACACAUCAGGGGUUACUUAAGAAUGAUGAGUUGAAAAAAGUAAUGCAUCUACAAUCUCUUAACCAACAUCAUCAAAAUAAUGGAGAUAUUAGCAAUGUGUCAAAUUCACAACUCCAGUAUUUGUCAAAUUUGUUCGCAAAUCAACCACAAAAACUUUUGGAGGCACGGAAUAUAUACCAGUGUAUAACACGUGGUGAAAUACCAAUUCAUUUCUUGGAGCAAGAAAUGAACAAUCCAAAUGCUUCACCACAUGCCAAAGAAGUAAUAGCUGCAAUUUUACAUGAGACGUCGACUGCGUCUAUUUUAAACUGCAAUGUAUCACAGAGUCAGGCAUUAACUAAUUCAAUGCUAGGACAUCAACAGAAUCAUUCUCCUAUACCCUUGUGUCACAACGGACCGCCCAUGCCCAAUCAAACUCCAACAAAUACAUCGAGUGAUUCACUACAACAGCAACAGCUAUUACAACAAAUUCCGAAUUCUAAUGCUAUACUUCCAGGACAAACAGAUCUAAUCUCUCUUCUGCCAUUAACCCAGGCUUCAAAUCUUCAAACUACCCCGAAUCAACGAGAUUUACAAUUCCAUACGCAAACAAUAAUGCAAAACGCUAUGUUGAAGAAGAAAAUAGAGGAACAACAGCAGCAACAAAAAGAUUCUCUAAGAAGACGUCAGGAAAUUCAGAAGCAACCACAAGCAAACAUCUUGUCAGUACUAAAUGAAAUCGAUAUGCAACAAGUUCCAAUUUCUAAUAGCAUGCAACAACAACCAGCGGUUACCCAACAGCAGGCUCAUAUUCCGCAUACCUUGCAACAUCAGCAUCAACAAUCACGACAUAUUAACUCACCAACGCCGCUAGCCUUCACACCAACAUCAGUGCUUCGCAAGAUGACUGCCGAAAAAGAUAAUCCGAACACAAACACAACAACCCACAGUGCUACAAACGAUGUUAUACAUCAGCAAAACAAAAGUCUAACACAAACUACUUUUAUAAAUCCUCAAAAUACACAUCAGCAUAUGCAGCAACAGCCAAUUGCAACUCAGCCAAGAAUGAUACUUGGUGCUCAGAUAUCUCAGCAAAUACCGAUGCAAUCUUCACGAAAUACACCAGCACCAAUGAAAUGGCCGUUACAUUUGGUAAAUCAAAACAUGAGUGCUAUUAAGCCAAUGGGGCGUCCAAUUUUGAAAGGUCCUUUGCCGCCACAACCAAGUAGCCAGCAACAUCAGCCGCAGCAAAUGCAGCAGAUAUCUCAAAUGAUGUUUACUAAAUUAGAUUUUCAACAAAUGCAACAGCGGUUAAAAAAUAAUCAGACCACGCAGCAUAUGUUAAGCCAGUCUACACCUCAAUUUCCUCCACAUACAAUAGCGUCACCACAACCACCGAGCCAUGGUAAUCUCCUGACACAUGUACAACAACAGCAACAAAUGUAUCACCAUCAACAACGUGCCCUAGCUUUGCAAAGACAUCAACAGCAACAACUUCACCUGCAGCAGCAAUUGCUCAAACAACAACAAAACACAGUAGAUACAUCCAAUCACAACAUUUGUAUGCCAUCAUCCUUGGCAAGUGAUAGUAAUGCUGUGUCAAAUAACGCCGCUGCCACUGCGGUGAAUAUAAAAAAUUAUCGAGAUGGUACAUUGUCUCCAACAAGUAAUCAACUGGCGCAGUGGUUUUCGCCUGAGCUAUUAGCGCAAGCAUCUGCGGGGAAACUUCCACUGCUCAAUAUGAAUCAAGCUCUAAGUUUAGAAGAGUUCGAAAAAAACAUACAACAUUCCUCAACAACGGUGCACAAUUAAUGCCACAAAUAACUUGGCAUAUUUUAUUUAAAAUUGUGUGUUAAUUGGGAAUCAGAUUAUUUUAAUAUCAUUCAAUUAAGUUCAUAUGCUUGCUUGGCAUAUUAAAAGAGCGAAACGUAUCCUUUAUCUAUUAAAAGUUAACCACAAAAUUUGAGCAAACAAAAAAACAUAGUUUUUAAUAUAAAACUAGUAGGAAAUAAAAGUUUUACUGUAGCAUAUUCACUUUUUAUCAUUAUUGUAACUGUUCUACCAUACGUUUAUGAAUAAGUAUCUCAAUUAUUGUAAAUGCAUUAUUUAAAUUGAAACGAUUGUACUUUUUAAAAUGUAAAAAAAAUAUAUAUAUAUACAUGAACUAAAAAAUAGCAAACAAUAAAAGUUCGGAAA